AUGCACUACACCACUUCCGCAACACUCUUCGUUGCCCUCCUCUCCGCCUUCACGCAAGCCUUGCCAACCAGAUCCGCCACCACCGAGGAUUUCGGCAUCCAACACCAUAUCGUCGACCCUAACUACAGGAACUUGACGGCACUUCCCGGAUGGGCGCCCCCUGCUACUAUUGGCAAGCGCCAGUUCGGAGACAGCGGCGUUGACCCUUCCAUGGCUACUGGCAAGAUCCAGUGGGAUACCGGCAUCGCGGCGGCCUACUGCACCGGUGCGCUCGUUGGUCCCCGUCACAUCCUCACGUCCAGGAAAUGUGCCGUCAGCCAUGGMUCAUCCCCGGCGAUGUUCAAUCCAGCCUUCGWCAAUAAUAACCACGACAACGACGAAGGCGUUUCGAAAUUCGGUGCGACAACUAUCAUCAAGACUUACAACAUCGAGCAGGGCACCGGUUUCUGCGAGGCCUCGCAGAAUUUCGCCGUGAUGGUGCUGGGCGCAAGACUGGGAGAUGAGGCCGGAUGGUUUGGAGUCGUGACCCCAGACUCCGAUCACUACGACCAGCCCAUCUUCUCCACCUAUGGCUACAGACUGAUCGGAAAGUUCAAUAACUAUGAGUGGGAUCGCGCCAAGACUCCGGUGGCCUUCUCAGGUAUUACCCUCACAAACCCCAUUGAGGAUGGUCGCCCCCAGCUCGGAUGUGAUGAUACCGGACCUCUUUACACCAAGUCCGAGACCCCCACGCCCGGAAGCCCACUUUACGAUGACAGACUCAUGAUUUGGGGUGUCCAGGGUGAGACCGAGUUCAGCGAGACGAACAAUGGCGUUCCCGUCGUAGUCCGAUGGGCAUCCGGGGAAAAAAUGAUCUCGACCAUCAACAAGGCACUCGCGGAGAACCCUUAA